AUGCGUUCAAUCGCCGACCUCCAAAAAAUCGUCGACGGCGCAACCGUUGCCAAAAGUGUCUUUGAUCUCCGACCCGAUUACCUCGUUCUCCUCAUCGCAGUGGAUGGCAUUUCACCAUCAGCCAGCGACUCCACCUCGAAUGCCCUCCUCACUUCCGCCGAAGCCACCGCCAAAUCCCGCAUCACUCCGUCCUGUCCAGUCACCGAGAUACCAGCCAUAAAAGCCUGGCGCGAGACUUACAAGUCCUUUGGAGCCAAACCCAAAAAAUACCAAAGUUCGAUCGAGGCUUUGACGAGGAGGGCAGCGACCGAGCAAGGAUUACCGCGUAUCAACAGGUUGACAGAUAUCUACAAUGCCAUUUCAGUAUCUCACAACAUUUGCAUCGGAGGAGAAGAUUUGGAUGCGUAUGUGGGUGUUCCUCGCUUACUCCGCGCCACCGGCGACGAAAAAUUCGAGACAAAGAAUGGAGAUGAGAAGCCCGAGAAGGGAGAAGUGGUGUGGUGUGAUGAUGCGGGAGUGACGUGUAGGAAUUGGAACUGGAGACAGUGUGUCAGGACUGGGUUGAGAGAUGACACGAGAGCGGCGGUGUUCAUCUUGGAUGCGUUGGAGCCCGUGGGGAGGAAAGAGGUGGAGGAGGCGGGUAGAGAAUUGAUGGAGAAGUUGAAAGAAGGGGAUGAGGGGUUGGUGGUUGCGAUGAGGUGUUUGGGGGUCGAGGAUGGGAUUUGA